AUGAUCAACAAGAAAGCCAAUAAAAAAGGAUUUGUACCAAAGAUAAAGUUCACUGCAGAGGAAGAUAAAAUGCUAACAGAUCUAGUUUCUAAAAUUGGUGCCGCAGAUUGGGACAUAAUUUCCAAAAAUAUGAAAAAUCGAACCCCAAGGCAAUGUCGAGAGCGCUGGAUCAAUUAUAUUGCGCCGAAUUUAAGCAAUGAACCUUGGACAAAAGAGGAAGAUGAUCUUUUGGAUGAGCUUUACGAGGAAUAUGGUUCCAGAUGGCAUAAAAUUGCUGAUAUCUUUCCAAAUAGAUCUGGAAAUUGUAUUCGAAAUAGGUUCAAAUUGAGGCAAAGAAGAAAAGAGAAAAAGUUAAAAAUGGAUCAAAAAAAUAAUAGAAGCACAAAUAUUGUUGUGAACCCUUCUAUCGAGCAUAUAGACCAAUGUAUAAAAUCAAUUCCCAAUCCAGACGUGUUUGAGAUGUUUGACUUUGAUGAAAAUACCAUUGAACAAAUCUUUACUUCAUAA